GUAUGAUUAAAAUAUGUGAGCAGACUUUAUCACAACACUUCCAUCAACUAAACCUAUUGUUAAUUGGUCCGAUUAACCAGUUCAUACAUCAACACAUGAAUUCGAAAUAUGAUUUGUCAAGAUGACCGAUUUAAAAUAAUAUGGUGAAAAUUCUUGAAAAAUACUAUAGGUGACGAAGAAAAAGAAGUAAAAAAAUUAUUAUGGAACUAUGUUGGAGAUAAUGUGCAUAUGCAUUUGUCCAAACAUUUGUAGGUUAAAAACAAUCAUCGCUCAAUCCGUCCAACAAUACAUAUCAUGUAAGAGCUUUCAACUUAAAGAUAUAUUUGUCUAUUUUUUUCUGAUGUACACAGGAAACUUACUUGGAGAGAGUGACGCGUAAAGUGUGACUAAUUAAACGCUUCCAUAUUCAUUUCUAUAGGAAAGUAGAAUUGGACAGAGUGGAUUCCUUCCAUUGCACUGAUCGACUUAAAAAACACUACAAUCUGUUGCACAUUUGUUGCAAGAUUAGGAACAAACAAAUGAGAUCUCAAUAUAUUAUUGUCAUCAAAAAUUAAGGCACUAAAUUGAACGCUAGCCAUUAUCUGUUUAUAUGCACUGUAGUAUUAAAAACUUGCGAUAUGGUCGGCAUGGGAUGUAUUGAGUGUUGAGGGCAAACUGUCUGAUGAUAAAAUACUUGUGAACUCGAGGGGGGUGGGUGGGUUUCGUGGUUGUUUCUUGACAGGCGAGAUUUGUAACUGUAUUUCAGAAGACUAGAUAACCGUCGUGAAAAUGGUUGCUUCUUACGAUUUCUGUUUUUCUUUUAGGGUUUUUCGCAUCUGCCCACAGUUGACAUAUUAGUGAGCAUAUAUUAUUGAUGAAUAAAACUCACCAAAAUAUUAAAAUAUGUCACGUUUACUAACACUACACUUUUCCCAAAGUAAUAUUUGAAUCUGAAACUUAGGGAACGCUUUCUCUUAGUGCUUACCCUACGCUUUUCGACUGCAGUAUUCUCUCCUACUGUAAAGCUAAUUGGAUUUGUUUGUUUAACAUUAACCUCAGAAUCUUGACAACUAUGAUAUUUUUACACUUUCCUGAUGUACUGUUUGUUGUCGUUGGAAAAUAUUUUCGAUGAACAUUGCUUUUUCUGGCCACAUUUCCUGAGAAGUUAGGUAAAAUUACACAUAUUACUCGACAUUGUUUCUUUUGAUCAUCAUCCGUUUUAUGGUUUUUAUGUUUAUGAUUAUUUAGCUGUGCAUUAGCCUAAAUGCUCAUUUCAUAUAUACUUCAAUUAAGAAGUGUGACACAGUUAAGGAAACAAACAUAAUGAUACCUAAUAGAUUUUAUAUAUUUCCCUGUUUACGCAUUUGUGUUGCAAUGCACUUUUAAUAAUUUUCAAGCGCCGUUAGAAAAAUAUGCUUUUUUAUUCUCAUGGUUGAUCUUACCAAAAAUAAAAAUACCAAAAGCUUGGGUUAGAAGAGUGAAAUAAUACAAAAAAAAUACAUUAAAAAUUUGUUGCAACUUUAUCCCUACAGCAUAAUAGAUUUUAUUUUUUUAAUUAUUAUUUUCCAGUUAAUGAUGUACGAGCUACUUGAAUAUGAAGCCUCUAUUCUUGUUGAUAUUCACCAUGAAAACUCAUUGUUGGUCCUUGCUGAUGGUUUAGGAAUGGAUGCUAUUGUUUAUUCAACAAUCAGGUUACAUUCAGAUCCUCAUAACUUAGUGCUUGUCUCGAAUUAUCGUCUUCCAGAGGCUCGUUUCUUAAUAGGUCUUUUGGAACAAAAUGGAGCAUUGCAUCCACCUGGCAUAAUUACAGCGGAGGUAAACAACAAAGAUCGUGAAGCUAUUUACAAACGAGGCGGUGUGGUAUUCGUCAGCUCCCGCAUACUAGUUGUAGAUCUCUUGAUGGAAAGAAUGCCUGUAUCUUUGGUGUGUGGUGUUCUCAUUCUUCGUGCACAUGAAUUACAUGAAGCAUGUCAAGAUAGCUUCGCCAUUCGACUUCUUCGAGAACGCAAUCCUCAGCUAUUCAUCAAGGCUUUCAGUGACAACGCUUUAUCUCUCACUUCUGGUUAUAAUCAUGCAGAAAGAGUUAUGACACAGUUGGGUAUUUGUAAACUUGUUCUUUGGCCCAGGUUCAAUGUGCAAGUUGUUUCGUGUUUGGAUGAAAGUCAACCUGAGGUGGAAGAGAUUCGCGUAAGACUGACUCCGGAAAUGAUUAUUUGUCAGUCUUGUCUUCUUGAUCUUAUGAAGGCUUCAUUAAAAGAAUUGUGUGAUCAAAAUCCAACACUGAAUACAGACGACCUCACCUUAGAAAAGGCUCUUCUACCGAAUUUCGACAACCUCAUCUCGUUAUAUGUUGAUCCCUUAUGGAAUCAGCUUAGUUCCAUAAGUCGACGGCUUAUUGGAGAGAUUGCUAGUUUGCGGCGUUUAUUACGUCUACUAAUUGAAGGUGAUGCAGUCAACUUCUUAACUAACAUAGAAGAUUUACGUCAGGCUGCUUUAUCAAGCCUAGGUAUAGGUCAAAAGAAUGAACUCAAUUCGAAUUCAAGAAGAACUGUUUCAAGGGGAUGUCCUAGUUGGUUUUUGAUGGAUCAAGCUGAUCGUCUUUUAUCAUCCGCCAGGUCUCGUGUAUACAGUGACUACAGCAAAAAGCUAUUAAAUGUUGAACUCAAUCCAAAAUGGAAAGCAUUGCUUGAACUACUUAAGGACAUUCACUGCAAGAUAAUUGACCAAACGUCAAAUAAGACUAUUCUGAUACUCGUUGGUCGUGAAAGUACAGCAAGAUAUCUUGGAAGAUUUUUAAGUCGUGGAAUACGGUCGAUUAAGAAGUUUCUCAUUCAAAAUUCAGAUUUACCUGGACUUCAGUCUCAUAAAGUAGUACAAAAAGUAACAGAUCCUAUAACUAAGGUGAAACACUCGAAGCCGUGUGAAUCUUUAACUACUUUAACGCAAAUGUAUAAAAACGUUCAGUCGGAUUUAGUUUGUGACAAAGAUACUGAAAGUAAUGAAGACAGUUCAUCUUCAUCUGAUGAAAGUGAAGCCUCAGAGAAUAUAGUUGAUACUGUGAAAGCAUGUAGUACCCCUCUGCCUCUAGGUUGUUAUGAGGUUAAUGUUCAUCCAAGUUUGUUAGGUUCAUCCGAAGUAAAGAAGUCUAACUCGCUGAAAGUUAUCAUACGUGUAGCGCCAACAUCAUCAGGUGAAGAAAAUAGUCAGUUCUGUGGAAUUACGAAAGAUAAUCAAGAAAAAGGAAGUUUACUUGUCCAACUAUAUGGUUAUCGCUUGUCGUAUAUUUUAGACAUAAUUGAACCUAACCAUGUUGUAUUAUAUGAACCUAGAGUAUCUUGGGUUAGGGAGUUGGAAGUAUACAAUGCACGUCGUUCUGUUCACCACUAUUCAAAACAAGAAUCCUCAAAUAACAUUUGUGGAGAUAACAAUAGUUUGCCUCCAUUAACGGUUCAUUUUAUGUUAUAUGAAAAUUCAGUUGAAGAACAACGAUAUUUGACCAGUUUACGUAAAGAAAAGGAGGCAUUCGAAUCUCUAAUUCAGUUGAGUAGUACUAUUGUUAUACCAAAAGAUGCAACAAUACCGUAUGGAAUGAAUGAAAAGUCAGAUUCAAAUGAUAGUCAAAUAGUGCCCCGUGUGAUUGUAGAUAUGCGCGAGUUUCGCAGUGAACUCCCGGCACUUUUACACAGAAAAGGAAUAAAAGUGGAACCUAUGACUUUGAGCAUUGCUGAUUAUAUCCUUUCUCCUCAUUUAUGUGUUGAAAGAAAGUCUGUCAGUGAUCUGAUCGGUUCUCUUAAUUCUGGACGACUGUUUCAUCAAGCUACUGCAAUGUCUCGCCAUUAUGCAAGUCCAGUCCUGCUUAUUGAGUUUUCCAUGCCUAACAAAGUUUCAAGUGUAAGUCAUGGAAGUACAAGAGGAUUCCGGAGUAAUGAACCAAUUGGUUUCGCCUUGUAUACUGGACGACAUGCGAUUAAUCCAAGUUCAGAAUUUAAUUCUCAUCACCUUUUGUCGAAGCUUGUUUUACUAACUAUUCACUUCCCCAAUUUACGAUUAUUUUGGAGUAUGACUCCUUAUUGCACUGCGGAACUGUUUGCGGAAAUCAAACUCGGUCGACCGGAGCCAACUGUUGAAAAACUUCCUCAGGAUGGGGACCAUUUGGAGGAUCAUAAUAUUGAAGCUGUUGAUAUGCUACUAAAAUUACCUGGAGUGUCGUGGAAAAAUUAUCGACGCAUCAUGAAUCAUGUUUCUUCACUCUACGACUUAGUCUCCUGUAGUUUAGAAAGGCUGACCGAAAUUUUGGAUAGCAGUGAAUGUGCAACGAAAUUAUACACUUUCUUACAUUUAAAGUGUAUUGAUUCAAUGUCAAGUGCUUCAACAAUUGUAGACGAUCCUUCUGCAUCUGUGCAAUCAUCUAACCAACCGAAUAAACGUAAAGCAAGAUUAAAUUUAGCAACUAGCGUAAAAACACGUCGCGGAAAAGGAUGUGGACCUAUCAAACAAUCCUAAUCCUGUAAAAUAACGAAAACCCCCUUUCUUCCAGUAAUUUUGUAAAUAAGAGGAAAUUUAUUUUUCAAUAUCACCCAUGUUGUAUAUAUAUAUAUCUUGUGGAAAUAAUAAUA